GGUCACACGAUGGCUAUAUUUCGUCGGCUUAUUGAAACAGCGGAAGGAUGAUGAUGAUGAUGAUGUCAGCAGCAUCAUCCCCCAGCUGCCUCCUCCUCCUCCCCCGCCCGACCAAACCAACACCACCGCUGCUCCCCUCCACCUCCUCCUGCCGCCGGCCGCCUCGCUGCCGGAUCAGAUCCCUUAGGCCGGAGAACCCGGCGCCGCCCGCCGCAGGAGUAGCGAGAGCGGUCGCCUCCUCGUCGUCUCCCAUGGAGAUGGAGGCGGCGCAGACCCAGGCGUGCGGUGGCGGGGAGGGGCAGCAGGAGGCCAUGAGGCUGCUGUUCGUGGAGAUGGGCGUCGGGUACGACCAGCACGGGCAGGACGUCACCGCCGCCGCCGUGCGCGCCUGCAGGGACGCCAUCACCUCCAACUCCAUCCCGGCCUUCCGCAGCGGAUCCAUUCCUGGGGUGAACACGGAGCAGAUGAAGCUGCAGAUCAAGCUCGGGGUGCCGAGGCCAACGCAGCACUUGCUGGACGUUGAGAGAGUCAAGGCCGUCUUCCCCUAUGGUAAAAUUAUCAGCUUUGAGGUUGUGGACGGUGGGAUGAUCUGUUCAAGUGGCGUAUGCCUAGAAGCAAUGGGAGAUAAAAACGAUGAUUGCUAUAUAGUGAACGCAGCAGUUUAUGUUGGUUACUAAUAUUAUCUCGAUGAAUAGUUCCUCUUCGUUGGAACAGUAAAAAGACAGAAAAAUGUUGUGCGCAAUAAGCAUGUCCUGAAUUUUCUGAAUCAUCUUUUCUUAAUGUGUACAAGUGCUUAUUUGCUC